AGGCCACCUGUCUAACAAUUUUCCACACCAGCCCUAAGCCCACCAGCUCUCCCAAUUUCUGGAAUUUUUCCCAAGGUAGGUCCCGAUAUCGACGCCAGCCCAUCGUCCACCAUCAAUCCGACAAAACACCGUCAAGGUAUGUGCCGGCAUCCCCGCUAUCAUCGCUCAAUUGAUACAGUCGAUUCUAACACUUUGCAAAGAUGGUUGCCGCCAAGAAGCACGUCCCGAUCGUCAAGAAGCGCACGAAGCGCUUCACCCGCCACCAGAGUGACCGGUUCAUGCGGGUGGACUCGGCCUGGCGCAAGCCCAAGGGUAUCGACAACAGAGUCCGCAGACGGUUCAAGAGCAACCUUGCUAUGCCCUCGAUCGGCUAUGGCUCCAACAAGAAGACCCGUCACAUGAUGCCCUCCGGCCACAAGGCCUUCCUCGUCAGCAACGUCCGUGACGUCGAGCUCCUCCUCAUGCACAACAAGACCUAUGCUGCCGAGAUCGCCCACAACGUCUCCUCCAGAAAGCGCAUCGAGAUCAUUGCCAGAGCCAAGCAAUUAUCCGUCAAGGUCACCAACGCCAAGGCCAAGGUCACCACCGAGGUCUAAAUGGUCAGCACUCUUUGCGGGGCAACAUCAUCUUUUCGUGUUUUGGGGCAUCUCAGGGGUUCUUAGGGAAAGGUCUGCUUUUUGUCUGUGGUUUAACUAGCGAACAAAUUCAGAAGCUAGUGGAAUACAACCCAGAGCUCUGCUCCGUCUCACGGGCAAGGCAAAAAAAGAACAAAACGAGGCAGCUUACAACAACUAAUGCGUGCUUUGUUUCUUGGGGAAAUUCUGUCAAAAUGGGCGUUCACUUCUCACCGGGAAGGUCUGACGACCGGAAUCAGCAAAGGGUUACUUCUGGGGCAUGACAAAACCGAGGAUAUUCGACAUGAUUGGGACAGGGCUAAAAAAGCGGGCAAUUGAUCUUGACAUACUCCUGAGGCUUUCUUUGUGAUGAUAUGAUUACUGGUGUCGAGUUCUAUGUAAAAUUUGAACAGAAACAUACCAUGAUGAGCUGUUGUCCCAGCCUCAAUGAUUCGACACUUGGCCACUUGCCUUUCCUGAGAUACAUCCAAGAGAACAUCUCUAGUGCUUACUUGCCGUUUCUCUUGUAUUUGUUCUCUUUCUGAGCUCAUGAAGCAUGUCUGCAUAGUCAAUAGACUGUCGAGAUAUAGGGGGUAGAGUUCGGUCUCCAAGAAAAGCUCUUCACCGAUCCUAUCAUAAUGGCAAGCUCUGGUGUUGACUAUCACAUACGACCAUACGCAGCUGAAAAUACGGCAUCCCGUCCGCUCUGCCCGAGUCAAACAGCUGACCGGCCGAAUCAGUACUCAGGUGGGUGACCACUGGGGAAUCCUCGGUGUUGUAUGUUUUAGUCUUUUUUUUCUCUUUUUUCUUUUUUUGGCUAAUGGAUCGUUCAUCAGGGAUAGCUGGGGACCUGGGUCAGAUGUGACGGUUUGCUCAGUCUUCAUUAUUGAUAUGAUUCAGUCUUGGGGUUAAGAAAAUGGUGAAUGAUCCCGCCAUCAUUCUGAUAUCGAGAUGUGGUGCCGGAAUAGCUACAGGGUGGAGUUGGUUUCUUCAAGAAGCAAAGCUUUCUCAUAAUGGCCGGCUCUGACGCUGACUAUCACAUACGACCAUACCCAACCAAAAGUACAGCAUCCCGUCCGCUCUGCCCUAGUCAAAUGGUUGAGGGGCCGAAUCAGUACUCAGGCGGGUGACCACUGGGGAAUUCUCGGUGUUGUAUGUUUUGGCUUUUGCCUCCUUUUUUUCUUUUUCUUGUGACGGCCCG